UCCACCGCUCCACCGCACCAAAGCCUUCGCGUUGAAUUCCAAAUCGAAAGCUCCGCGCACUUCGUAGUAGCAGCAGCAGCAGCGGAGUCUCCUCCCCCUCCGGCGGCGAUGUCUGGGCGUGGCAAGGGCGGCAAGGGGCUGGGCAAGGGCGGCGCGAAGCGCCACCGCAAGGUUCUCCGCGACAACAUCCAGGGGAUCACGAAGCCGGCGAUUCGGAGGCUGGCGAGGAGGGGCGGCGUGAAGCGCAUCUCCGGGCUCAUCUACGAGGAGACCCGCGGCGUUCUCAAGAUCUUCCUCGAGAACGUCAUCCGCGACGCCGUCACCUACACCGAGCACGCCCGCCGCAAGACCGUCACCGCCAUGGACGUCGUCUACGCGCUCAAGCGCCAGGGCCGCACCCUCUACGGAUUCGGCGGCUGAGCGCGUUCCCUCCCCCGUUCGCUGCUGCUGUUGGUGCUGCCUUUUCUCUUGGGUUCCGUGUGCUGUGCUUCUGCUUUAGCGUUGUAGAGAGAUGCCAGAUUCGUAGGUAUGUGCUGUGUUCCUUAGGUGAUGGUUGUGAUGUCCGUAGUGGCCUAGAAGAGUUCAACUCCCAGUUGUACCCCAGUUCGUCUCCUUCACUGCAAUGAAAUGUUAAUUUCGAUCGGUUAGCAA